UGUAAAUGCAGUUGAUAUUCAUAUUCUGAUAUUCAUGACAUUUCUCUCACAAGCCUCUCUCUCUCUCUCUCUCUCUCUUUCUCAAAUCCAUAGCUCGUCCUCAACACGCUAGCUAGCCUCCCUCAUAUUAUACAAAGAGACAAUUACACAAGAUUCAUUAAUCUUCACAAAAAUGCGUUUUCUCACUCGAUUUUUAGUUUUCAUGUCACUCUUCACCGGUUUGAUCUCUGGAUUUUCUCUACCAAAGCUUCCUAUCAUACAGUUCGACGAAGGUUACUCACAGCUAUUUGGUGACCAGAACCUGAUUGUUCACGGAGACGAAAAAUCCGUUCGGUUAACGCUUGAUGAGAGAACCGGUUCUGGCUUCGUCUCAAAUGAUAUUUUCUUAAAUGGGUUCUUCAGUUCCUCCAUCAAAUUACCAGCAGAUUAUUCUGCAGGAGUUGUUAUCGCCUUUUAUCUGUCAAAUGGAGACAUGUUUGAGAAGAAUCAUGACGAGAUUGAUUUUGAGUUCUUGGGGAAUAUUAGAGGCAGAGAAUGGAGGAUUCAGACCAACAUUUACGGCAAUGGAAGCACGCAUUUAGGCAGAGAAGAAAGAUACAAUCUCUGGUUCGAUCCAACAGAGGAUUUUCAUCAAUACAGCAUCCUCUGGUCUCUAACUCACAUCAUAUUCUAUGUAGACAAUGUUCCGAUCAGAGAAGUCAAACGCACGGCGUCAAUGGGCGGUGACUUCCCGGCGAAGCCAAUGUCUUUAUACGCAACCAUAUGGGAUGGCUCCAAAUGGGCGACCAACGGUGGCAAGUACGGUGUAAAUUACAAAUAUGCCCCCUACGUAGCUCAAUUCACCGAUCUGAUCCUCCACGGCUGCGCCGUCGACCCCACCGAGAAGUUUCCGAGCUGCGAAAACGGAGCGGCAGAGGAUCUACGGCUAGCGUCCGAGAUAACAGAGUCUCAGAGGAAGAAAAUGGAGAGUUUGCGGCGGAAACACAUGACUUAUUCGUAUUGUUACGACCGUAUGAGGUACAAGAUGGCUUUACCGGAAUGUAUGGUGAAUCCGGAGGAGGCUAAGCGUCUCAGGGUCUAUGAUCCAGUCACGUUCGGUGGGUUCCCUCGCCGCCACCGUCAUGGGAAGCACCGGAGCAAAAGCCGCUUUGGCGGAACUGAGUCGGUAUGAUUUGGUGGUAUUGUCUGCUACGGGGCAUUUUUGGCAUUUCCUGUCUUGUUUAGGAAUAUAUGAAUUAUGGACUGACACAUAUUUUGAUUUCCUCUACUUUACAAAAAAAUGUCGUUUAACGUAAUAAGAUUUUUUUGGCUUUUCUAUUUGUAAAGGAAUAAUAAUAUCAAAUAUAGUUUCGACUUUCGACUA